ACAAAUCUAUUACAUUUAUUGAGACAUGGCAGACCAGAAGAGAAAGAACCAGGAGGUCAUUCUUCAGCAGUUUAACAAAUUGCGCCAGGAACAACGAAUGGUAGCACAAAAGAUGAGUGAGUUGAAGUUGGAGGAAUCGGAGCACAAAUUGGUGAUUGAUGCUCUAAAGGAUGUAAACGAACCAACACGCAAAUGUUACCAGCUAGUUGGUGGUGUGUUGAUGGAACGGACAGUAGGACAAGUGCAACCAAACCUUGAGAAUAAUGCUUCUAAGAUAAACACUCUCAUAACUACCAUGGACAAAACUCUUGAGUCAAAACAAAAGGAAUUAGUUGACUUCAAGGAGAAACAUGGUAUCAAGGUUCGAGGAGAGGACUCAAUGGAAGAUAAGAACAAAUCUGACUCUCCUGCUCCUACUAGUACAGGUGUACUGGUUAACUGAAAUGGAGAAGAUGGUGUAUUAUCACAGUGAGCUCCUUCUAAGUCACGUGCUCCUGGGUCACGUGCUCCUGGGUCACGUGCUCCUGGGUCACGUGCUCCUGGGUCACGUGCUCCUGGGUCACGUGCUUCUACUUUUGUAGGUCACGUGUUCCCUUGUUGUAAACAGUUGCUAAAUUAUUGUUAUCUGAAUAAUUCCAGUAGGGUUUAGCGCUUCAAUUGGAAGUUUCACUGUGGUAAUUUUACACACUUACUAUCUUUUUCUUGUCAUGUCUCCUAUUUAUUUGUGUGUAAUAUUUUUAUUUGAAAUAGCUAGUGUUUUAAAAGUUUCAACAGCCAUUAUUUUUGUACUGCAUCACGAACGUGUACCCUUGAUGGGUAAUAUUUUAAAUUUAUACAGGAGUAUCGUUUAUCUGCAGGUAUGGUAUUUGAGGUUUGUAAAUUCUAUUCCAGGGUUUUGUAAAUUUAAAACGUUGAAUGCUAGCUUUCUUUUUUACUCACUUCCAA